AUGAAUCAGUUGGGUAAGCCUCUUAAGAGAGAUUAUGCUACUACAUGUAGGGACAAAAUUAAGUAUGAUAGGGUAAUGGUGGAGGUUCAUAUGGAUCAGGCUCUACCUGAUCAACUCUCUUUCAUGGAUGAACAUGGAGAGAUGGUUGGUGUGCCAGUACACUAUGAAUGGAGACCUGCAGUGUGUACUAGGUGCAAGUUGGUUGGGCAUGUGGAAGCAGAUUGUAGACAGACUAAGACUAAGAGAGUGUGGGUUCAGAAGCAACAAGUAAGCACUUUACCUGUGCCAGCUUUUGAAGUGGAACCAGUGGUAGAUCAAGAAGGAUUACAGAGGGCCCUCAGACCUAUCAGGGUUAGAACAUCUAGUGUUCAACCAACUCAGGUUGAUAAUCCUUUCCAGUUAUUGUUGGCUCAGCAAGAUGGUGAUGGUAUAGUUGAGCAUGUUGCAGGUGCAGGACAUAUUGGUGACUCAGUUGGAAGGGGGGACCUUCUAUCCCUAAUGGAUAGAAUCUUGUGUUGGAAUGUCAGGGGCAUCAAUUCCACUCAGAAGCAGAAUGAAGUGAGGAAGUUCGUUCAAAGGCAUGAUGUGGGAUUAGUUGGACUCCUGGAGCAUAAAGUAAAGCUUGCUAAGUUAGGUAAGCUUUACCAGAACAUCUUUAUGAACUGGUGUUUUACUAGUAAUGCUAGUUUUCACAAUGGUGGAAGAAUUGUUGUUGCCUGGAAGCUUAAUUCUUUUACAGUGAACAUUGUUGCUGUAACAAGCCAGCUUAUCCAUUGUCAUGUUAACCCUGUUAGUGGCAUGACUAGUUUUUUCUGUACUUUUUUUUAUGCGUUUAAUGAUAGUUCUCAGAGGAAAGAGUUAUGGAAAACUUUGAUGGAUGUGAACACUCGGGAUCCUUGGCUAUUAGGUGGGGAUUUUAAUUGUGUGAUGGGGGUUAAAGAAAGAAUAGGAGAUCCUGUGAGGCAUGCUGAAAUUCUUGAUAUUAAUGCCUGUAUGCAUGGAUGUAGUAUGGAAGAUAUCAAAAGUGUUGGUAGUCUGUAUACUUGGAACAACAAGCAAUAUGGGGCAGCUAGAGUUUUUUCUAAGUUGGAUAGAGUCCUGUCUAAUCCAGCUUGGCAAAGUGCUUAUUGUUCUGCAGAAGCUUGUUUCUUGACUGAGGGUGAGUUUGAUAAUUCACCUGGGUUGAUCACUGUGUAUCCAAGACACACAGGAGGUAGGAAACCAUUUAGAUACUUCACUAUGUGGAAGUCCUCUCCAGAUUUUGCUGGAAUUGUGCAACAUCAAUGGAAUCAGCAGGUUCAUGGAAGUUAG